GUUCCCGUUCCCCUGCACUUACCUCUCCGCGUCUUGGAGGCCCCUCGCUGCGGCAUAGGACGUGUCGAUUCUCGGCCGCUGUUGAUGCGCCCGUACGUGCUUUGUUAGAGAUGGGCCUCGGCUGCAUCAUCUUGAUCGUGGAGACGUGGGCCAAGGGAAACCAUACAUACAUGUUGAACUAAUCCACCAAGAGUUGGGCAGUACACGCCCUCUUUUCUUUGCCUCGCUUCGCCUGCGUUUCCAGCUCCUUUGUCGUCGCGGCUCCUCUGCAUUGUGCACUCGAAAGCAUUGUUUGUAGCACGGCAUGGACGGCGGCGACGAGGCCCAGUUCCCGGGCAUCCCCCCCUUUCCCAACACUGUGCCCACCGCUCCACUCGUUCGCAUCUCGCUCGCCAACCUUCUCGCUCGCGACGCCGAAGAAGAGGACAAGCUGUGGAACGCGUGCUGCGAUCUCGGCUUCUUUUACCUGGACCUGCGCCGCUCCAGAGGCGUCGGGACCGGCGGUGCAGCGAGCGGAGCUACGAACGGCGCUUGUAAAGUAGGCUCAAACGGAGCUGCCGCCGAGGGCGCGAUCAUCGACGGCGAGAGGUUGCUGGCCGAUGCCGAUGCCCUCUUUGACGUUGCCGAGGAGUUCUUCGCCCUGCCGGUCGAGGAGAAGGCGAAGUAUGACUUUUCAGACCAGAGAAGCUACUUCGGGUACAAAGGCUUCGGAGUGGGCAUCCUUGACGACAAGGGAUCGAGGGAUAGAAACGAAUUCUACAAUGUCUCCAAGGACGACAUCUUGGGCAUCUCGUCACCGCUUCCGGCACCGCACCUCUUCAACAAACACCGCGCACUGCUUCGUUCCUACAUUGAGCAGUCACACGGGCUGAUAGAGCUCAUCUUGCGUUUCUUGGAGCCCAGACUGCAGCUCCCGGCGCAGUCGCUGGAGAGCUUGCAUCGCGUCGACGCCGUGUCCGGAGACCAGGUUCGGUUCAUCAAAGCGCCGCCACAGCCGCCAGACGACAGAAGAACGGCGUUGGGCGCGCACACCGAUUUCGGAUCCGUCACCGUCUUGUUCAAUCGGGUGGGAGGUCUGCAGGUCCGCCUGCCGGCCAGCAUCGCGGCCGUCGAGCCAGCCGUUCCGGGCCGGAUGAGCGAGGCGGAACGGUCGCUGUGCACAGAGGGCUGGGCGUACGUUCAUCCGUUGCCGGGACACGCCAUCAUCAAUCUCGGCGAUGCGCUGGUCAAGUUCUCGGCUGGGAUUCUGCGGAGCAACAUCCACCGUGUGGUGGCGCCGCCGGGAGCGCAGGGCGACGUUACGAGGUACAGCCUUGUGUACUUCUCGCGGCCGGAGGACGAGGUGGUGCUCAAGGCCCUGAAGGACAGCCCGCUGAUCGCUGAAAGAGUGGGGAGGGGAUGGGAGGAGCAAGAGGAAGCGGUUACGAGCAAGGAAUGGAUCUUGAGGCGCGCCUUGGGUCGGAGGGAAGGCAAGUAUUACGAUCCGAGCAAGGCAAAGGGCACUGAGGAGGCGAGAGGUGCGCGAGGGUGACCAAGCAAUGAAUGCAUCUAGAUCUUUUCGACGUAGC